AUGAAUUUUGUUCUGGCAAUUGCUGUUAUUUCAUCAGUGAUCUACUCGAUCCAUGCCGGUGAAUGCUUAGUACAUCAUCACCCAGAUUAUUUGUCAUUAACAACCAAUACAAAUAAUGGAUUAACAGUCUCGGAUUUUUCCAACAAUUUAGCUACACUUUUAGGUUUAUCAACAGAUAUGACUUCGAAACCAUUGUUUUAUUCAACGAAUACAUGGGAAAUCCCAAAAUCGACCUGGUUGUUCCACGUCGAAGGAUUCGAUCGAUUAUCUAAUGGUGGUUUAACCUUAGUCGACGAUAACGGAUUUAAUAUUGAUUCAAUACAUUCCAAAUUACGCAGUGUUGACCAUGCUGAUAGUUUAAAUAUGGGAUCAAUAGUCAUUACAUCGAAUGCUGACAUGGAUAAUUUCGAAAAUACUUUGAAAAAACAGGUUGCACAAAUGGACAAGCAAGCUUUACUCAAAUAUCUUGUUAUCGUUUGUGAUGAUUGUCAACAGGAUAAGUUGCAAACACAAUUGAAGACCGUUGUCGAUCAAAUUGUUUCAAAUGAGCCAGAAGCUUUAGUCAUGACGUUAGUAACUAAAGAAACUGCACGUGUACGUCGUGCACGAGAUGCUGAAGCAGUUGCUCGUAAUGUCACAAUCGCAACAAUGUAUUCCGACGAAUAUCCAACAAUGUUCAAUCUAUUCUUUUGGACAUCAUUAGUCUUUGCAUUGAUCGUCAUCAGUAUUGUCUAUGUGUUUUUAACCUUAGAUCCCGGAUCGGAUACAAUUAUCUAUCGUAUGACAACUCCACGAGUGAAGGUCGAUUAA